AAAGAAUUUUCUUGGUUGAAUAGGAUGGACGAGUUGAAGAAGAUAGCCGACUAUAUGGUGACACCUGGAAAAGGUAUCCUAGCUUCGGAUGAACCACCCGAAUUGUUAGAGUCCAAGUUUCAACAACUAGGAGUUGCCAACAAUGAAGAAACGAGAAGGACUUAUCGUGAACUAUUGUAUGGAACCCAUGGAUUGGAACAAUAUGUAGCUGCUGCUAUUCUCCAUCGCGAAACUUUUGAACAAAAAGACUCUACUGGUAAACGUUUUGUGGAUGUUUUAUUAGAAAAAGGAAUAUUACCAGGCAUAACUGUGGACCAAGGAUUCGAUAUCUUGCCAGGCACAACACAAGAGACCAUCACUUUAGGAUUGGAUAGUUUGAGUACCCAGUGUGCUUCUUAUCAGAGAAAAGGUGCCAAGUUUACCAAAUGGAGACCAGCUUUUCGUAUUGUGGAUGAUAUUAGUCCUUCUGCCAUAGCUAUAAGUACCAAUGCAGAGUUGGUGGGAUGUUAUGCAGCUAUUUGCCAACAAUAUGGAUUGGUUCCUAUUAUCGAAAGCGAUGUAUUAUUGGAAGGAAGUUAUACCAUUGAGACUUGUGCCAAAGUAUCCAAAAUGGUAUUGGAAGAAAUAUAUUCUUCUCUGAAACGUCAUCAAGUAUACUUGCAAGGAGUGGUAGCCAAACCCAAUAUGGUAUUAGCAGGAUUGAGUGCCAAGUCCAAACCUGAUCCUUCCACAGUUGCCAAAUAUACUUUGGAUACUUUGUUGGAUUCGGUUCCUGCUUCGGUUCCUGGUAUUGCUUUUCUUUCAGGAGGUCAAACAGAACAAGAAGCUACUACUCAUUUGGAAGCUAUUCAUAGACAAGCGAAAAUGACCAAACAACCUUGGCAAUUGACAUUUUGUUAUGGUCGUGCACUCCAAGCCACUUGUUUACAAACUUGGAAAGGUAAAGCUGAAAACGUAGAAAAAGCAAGAGAACAAUUUUUAUAUCGUUGCAAAGUGAAUGCGUUGGCUUAUAAAGCUGCAUAGAGAAAGUUGUUUUCAAGUCUCAGUUUCCCAAAACUUUUCCAUAAUAAACAAACAACAACGCUUCGUUUCCAUCCAAAAUU